AAUUUUGCAACUGGCCUCACAUUCGAUUAGAAGGAUUUUCCGAACGUUUUACUUCCGAUUGAGUGUCUCUCCUAUAUGUAGCCGCGUCAUGACAUUCCUCGGCAGUCUCAUCGUCGUGAACCUUUUUAUCAUUAUUCCAACUCUCUGUGAGCCCACGACCCUUGAACAAUGCAGAGAAGCAUGUCACCAAAAACAUGGGUAUAUUCUCUGCGCUGGAAGUUGGUAUCCAAUUACGGAUGGAGAGUUACAGGGCACGAAAUGCCAUUGCAGAAUCUUCAGACCUUUGAUUUCUACCCUUGCAAUGCUAAAAUAUGACGAAACCAAAUUUAAAACAUUGUUUGAAAAAAAUCCAGAAAAUGGCAAGGAGUGGUUAAAAGAAAAGGGUUUCCAAAUAAGUGCUGAAAACCCCUUUGAAUAUCACUCCCCUGACAGCAAUGGAAAGCACUCCUCCAGCGAAACUGAAAAGCACUCCACCAGCGAAACUGGAAAGCAUUCCACCCGCACAACUGGAAAGCACUCCUCCAGCGAAACUGGAAAGCACUCCUCCAGCGAAACUGGAAAGCACUCCACCAAUAUCACUGAAAAGAAACCUCCAUCAUCUUCAACUGCAGCUGAAACGGAAGAUGAACGCCAAGCGAGGAGGCAGAAGGCUUGUACUAACGAGUGCAAGAAAAAGUUCGGAUCAGUGAAACUUGACAAUUUAAUGAAACCGAUCGCUGAUGGUAUAGUUAUGGUGUAUGAUAACGGGAAGUGGAGCUGUAAGUGCAAAGUCAUCAGCGAUCUGUUCCGCGCCGUUAGAGAAAAGUGUUUCCACUCUGAACAAUUUGAAGAGUUACUAAAGGCGGGCGGACCGCAGUGCAGCCAGAAAGUCUGUCAGUGGUUACAUCGGCACGGUUUCGAAGUUACGAAUCACGGCGCCUCAGCUUCAUCUACGAACGGACGGAAGCAGCUAGGACGAACGACACAUGUUAAGGAUGAAACAUAUUUGGCUGAAGUAGUGUAUAGAAAAGCAAAGAACCCGACCGAGCAGUGUCAAUUCCAGUACGGGUUCAUCCUCAUGAAAGUCGAGGAGAGCAAAGAUCCUGCCGGACACAGUACCUGGAAAGUCAAACAUAAGGAAGACAGUAUCGCGCACAACAUCGGGAAAAUCGAACCCAGCAAAGAUAUUAUCGUAGAUGGUACUGGAAAAUACUAUCGCUUUCAGAUCACUUUGCCCGACGAGCAAGGCGGCUGCCGCCUCAACGACCAACUGAUUAAAUAUCUGAAGGAGAGCAAACUCAGUUACAGAGAAUUCAAAAAGCUCCACAAUAGUAAUCAUGAAGACAACGAAGGUCGGGUUUGGCUGACCCUCCACGGGUUCAGAAUCAAGUUUCGUGAAGAUGAGUCGUGAAUACGUACCGAUGUUAGACGCAACUUAUAACCUGAAGUGGUGUUGCACGUGCAACACCAAGCUCAAUUGAGUUGUACUCGAACUCAUCGAUGCCGCCAAUGAGUCAGUUGAGCUCAACCUCAAAAAAGUCACAGUACAGCUCGAAUAAGUUUGGUAUAUAGUACAAGUAGGUUAAAAGGGAUAAAAUUUAAUUUAACAACAAAGGAUCCUGUCAUCUGCAAGGCUUGACUUGCAAUUCAGCUUUGGUAAUAAUUCUCCUCAAAACAUUUCUUUUGGAUACAAACAGAUAAACAAUGCAUGUAAUACAUAUUUGACAUUUAAUAAAUAAACAAUGGAAACUAUGUCAUUCUA